AGGCAGCAUCCCACCACCAUGCGUUUCACGAUCGGUGCCACGGCACUCAUUGCUGCCGCCGUUGUGCGCGCCGUCGAGGGGCCGAGCAAAGCAGCUUCCGAGUCCUCUACGUCGACUUCAAUCGUUAAACCGACUUUUACCCCGACGACAUUGAAGGCUCCCUUCCUGGAGCAGUUCACCGACGAUUGGGAAUCGCGGUGGAAGGCCAGCCACGCGAAGAAGGAUGACAAGUCGGCGGAGGAGGAAUGGGCCUACGUUGGCAACUGGGCGGUUGAGGAGCCGCAUGUGCUGAAGGGAAUGGAAGGUGAUAAAGGCCUCGUCAUCAAGGACAAGGCUGCUCAUCACGCCAUCUCCGCAAAGUUCCCCAAGGCCAUCAACCCCAAGGGCAAGAACCUUGUCGUCCAGUAUGAGGUCAAGCUUCAAAACGGCCUGGAGUGCGGUGGUGCUUAUAUGAAGCUCCUCCAAGAUAACAAAGCCCUGCACCAGGAGGAGUUCUCGAACGCUUCCCCCUACAUCAUCAUGUUCGGUCCCGACAAGUGCGGUGCCACUAACAAGGUUCACUUCAUUUUCCGCCACAAGAACCCCAAGACCGGCGAGUACGAGGAGAAGCAUCUCAAGAACCCCCCAAUGGCCCGCAUCGUCAAGACCACCUCGCUCUACACUCUCAUUGUCAAACCGGAUAACUCCUUCGAGAUCAAGAUCGACGGCGAGUCCGUUCGCAACGGCACUCUCCUUGAGGAUUUCACCCCGCCCGUUAACCCGGAGAAGGAGAUCGACGACCCCAAUGACAAGAAGCCGGAGGACUGGGUUGAUGAGGCCCGCAUCCCUGAUCCGGAUGCGAAGAAGCCCGAUGACUGGGACGAGGACGCUCCUUUCGAGAUUGUCGACGAGGAGGCUACCAAGCCCGAGGACUGGCUGGAGGAUGAGCCCACCACUAUCCCCGACCCGGAGGCCGAGAAGCCUGAGGACUGGGAUGAUGAGGAGGAUGGCGACUGGAUUCCCCCCACUGUUCCCAACCCCAAGUGUGACGAGGUCUCUGGCUGCGGCAAGUGGGAGCCACCGAUGAAGAAGAACCCUGCCUAUAAGGGCAAGUGGACGGCGCCCAUGAUUGACAACCCGGCCUACAAGGGAGAGUGGAAGCCUAGGAAGAUCAAGAACCCUAACUACUUUGAGGACAAGAACCCUGCCAAGUUUGAGCCCAUGGGAGCUAUUGGCUUCGAAAUCUGGACCAUGCAGAACGACAUUCUCUUCGACAACAUCUACAUUGGCCACUCCAUUGAGGACGCUGAGAAGCUCCGCCAGGAGACAUUCGUUCCCAAGCUCGCCGCUGAGAAGGCUGAGGAGGACACUCUCGCCCCCAAGCGAUCGGAUGACCCCAAUUUCAUUGAUGUCAGCUUCAAGGAGGACCCUGUUCUCUACAUCCGUGAGAAGGUCAACCUUUUCCUUGACGUUAUCAAGCGCGACCCUGUUGAGGCCAUCAAGACCGUACCGGAGGUUGCCGGUGGUAUCGGGGCGCUUGUUGUCGCAGUCGCUGCCAUCCUCCUCUCCUCUUUGAGUGGCGGCGCAGCGCCUUCCAAGGAGCAGGUCAAGGCUGCGGCGAAGAAGGCCAAGGAAACGGCCGUUGACGCGAAGGACAAGGCAGCGGAGGCUGUUGCCACGGGCGCUGAGAAGGCCCAGGCUGAGGUGAACAAGCGCAACACGCGCUCUAGCGCGUCGUAGGACGUGGCAGGAGAGGAGGAUCGGGGGCGGCUUGGAGAGAGUUUCUAGCAAGCAGCAAAAGCGGCAUUAUGGGUUUAUGACUCGAGGGAAGGCUCUCUCAAAUCAAGUGUUUUGGAUUCUUGCUCGGUGAAUAUGGUUCUGGGUGCAUGGCGCUAUUACGGUGUACAAUAUGUCUCCCACAAGACGAGAUGAUGAAAGCGGUACAUAGUUGGUCGUUCAGCGGAAUAAUCAUAUGGAAUGCAUUACAUCAGGAGAUGGCUAUUCAUACUGAUGAGUACAC